AUGGCCAUUAUAGGCUGGGCGUGCAAGUUGGACCUAAAACUCAUCAGUGCGUUAAUAGAGAGGUGGAGAGCCGAGACGCACAAAUUCCAUCUUUUAUGCGGAGAGUGUACAAUCAUUUUGGAAGACAUGCAGUUACAAUUAGGAUUGCCGGUGGAUGGGUCUGCACUCAUCGGGUCCGUUCAAUCUGCUGAUUGGGGAGCCAUAUACUAUGAUCUUUUGGGUGCGAUUCCGAAUACUAUUUACGAAGGUCGGGUCGGGAUGGGCUGGUUACGAGACACAUUUCCGGAGCAAGGGAAUGAUUCGACUGAACUAGAAAAAAUACAAUAUGUUCGGGUAUUCAUCCUUGAGAUGAUUGGAGGUUAUUUGAUGCUGGACUUGUCACAAAACCUCGUACAUCUGAUGUGGCUGUUGAAACUCGUUGAUUUUAGAGCAGCUGGUGAAUUUAGUUAG